CGCUUGGCAUGCCGCCAUUACCGCGGCUCGACGAGCACAGGACGAUGCUGAGAUGCCCGACAUGAGUUCACAGCCCUCUCUCAGCAACACUGGAGCGGCUCCUGUUGGCUCUUUGGCACAGAGGAAGAGGCAGCAGUAUGCUAAAAGCAAAAAGCAAGGAGGAUCAACCAGCAGCCGGCCACCCAGAGCUCUGUUCUGCCUCACCCUCAACAACCCAAUCCGCAGGGCCUGCAUCAGCCUGGUGGAGUGGAAACCAUUUGAUAUCUUUAUACUGCUGUCUAUUUUUGCCAACUGUGUGGCCUUAGCCAUCUACAUCCCCUUUCCUGGAGACGACUCCAACUCUACCAACCAAGAACUGGAAACGGUAGAAUAUGCCUUCCUGAUCAUUUUUACAAUAGAAACAUUUCUGAAGAUUAUUGCCUAUGGCCUGGUCAUGCACCAAAACUCCUACGUCAGAAAUGGGUGGAACAUGUUGGACUUCGUCAUCGUCAUAGUGGGGCUGUUUAGUGUGGUUCUGGAGAUGAUAACCAAAGAUGCUGACUCUGGGGGCCAGUCGGGAGGCAAACCGGGAGGAUUUGACGUAAAGGCCCUCAGAGCCUUUCGCGUCCUGCGGCCCCUUCGCCUUGUUUCUGGAGUUCCCAGUUUACAGGUGGUUUUAAAUUCUAUUAUUAAAGCCAUGGUUCCCCUGCUUCACAUUGCCCUGCUGGUCCUUUUUGUAAUUAUUAUCUACGCCAUCAUCGGCCUCGAGCUCUUCAUCGGAAAGAUGCACGCCACAUGCUAUGUAGUAAAAACAGGUGCCCUUGCAGAAGAAGAGUCCUCUCCUUGUGCAGUGUCAGGGCACGGCCGCCGCUGCCUCCUCAACGGCACCGUUUGCAGGGAAGGCUGGCAAGGCCCCAACAAUGGCAUCACCAACUUUGACAAUUUCCUGUUUGCCAUGCUCACCGUGUUCCAGUGUAUCACCAUGGAGGGCUGGACUGACGUGCUCUACUGGAUGAACGAUGCAAUGGGCUUUGAGCUGCCAUGGGUCUAUUUUGUCAGUCUGGUCAUCUUUGGAUCCUUCUUUGUUCUGAACUUAGUUUUGGGAGUGUUGAGUGGAGAGUUUUCCAAAGAGCGAGAAAAAGCCAAGGCUCGAGGUGAUUUCCAGAAGCUGCGCGAGAAGCAGCAGUUAGAAGAAGAUCUGAAGGGCUACCUGGACUGGAUCACACAAGCUGAGGACAUCGACCCUGAGAACGAGGAGGAGGCAGAUGAGGAGGGCAAGCGUAACCCGAGCAUGCCUACGAGUGAAACAGAAUCAGUCAACACAGAAAAUCCCAACGGAGAGGACGACAAAUCACCGUGCUGCGGGCCGCUGUGUCAGAAAAUAACUAAGUCAAAAUGCAGUCGUCAGUGGCGACGAUGGAACCGAUUCUGCCGCAGGAAGUGUCGCGCGGCUGUGAAGUCGGUGACCUUCUAUUGGCUCGUCAUCAUCUUGGUGUUCCUCAACACUCUCACCAUCGCCUCUGAGCACUACAACCAGCCAGACUGGCUGACUGAAGUUCAGGAUGUAGCCAACAAAGUUCUGCUGGCGUUGUUCACUCUGGAGAUGCUUGUGAAGAUGUACAGUUUGGGCUUACAGGCGUACUUUGUGUCCCUGUUUAACCGCUUUGACUGUUUCGUGGUGUGUGGUGGCAUCGUAGAAACCAUCCUGGUGGAGUUUUCCAUCAUGUCUCCGCUGGGAAUCUCAGUGUUACGCUGCGUACGCCUCCUCAGAAUUUUCAAAGUUACACGUCACUGGGCGUCUCUCAGUAACCUGGUGGCCUCUCUGCUCAACUCCAUGAAGUCCAUCGCCUCCCUGUUGCUGCUUCUCUUCCUCUUCAUCAUUAUAUUCUCCCUUCUCGGGAUGCAGCUGUUUGGGGGCAAAUUUAACUUCGACGAGACAGUGACCAAACGGAGCACGUUUGACAACUUCCCUCAGGCGCUGCUCACUGUGUUUCAGAUCCUGACAGGAGAAGACUGGAACACGGUGAUGUAUGAUGGCAUCAUGGCAUACGGUGGUCCGGCCUCAUCUGGAAUGGUGGUCUGCAUUUACUUCAUCAUCCUCUUCAUCUGUGGAAACUACAUCUUGUUAAACGUCUUCUUGGCCAUCGCUGUUGAUAACCUGGCAGAUGCAGAGUCUCUCAACUCAGCUCAGAAGGAGGAAGAAGAGGCCAAAAAGAGGAAGAAUAGUGCCAGAGACCUAAAUCCAGAUAAGAAAAUUGAAGUGACAGAAGUCAGUGAUGGUGACACCAAGGUGCCGACUGAGGCCUUGCUACAGGGAGACAAAGAGUCACAUUCUGCCAAUGAGUCUCCAGGUGAGGGUGACAACGACAACGAUGAUACUGACAACCUCCCACCCUUGGGACCCCGACCCCAGCGACUCGCUGAGCUCACCCUAAAAGAAAAAACUCCUCCCAUCCCAGAGGGCAGCGCCUUCUUCAUCUUUAGCAGCACCAACCCGUUUCGUGUGCUCUGCCAUAAGCUCAUCAACCAUCAGAUCUUCACCAACCUCAUCCUGGUCUUCAUCAUGCUCAGUUCCGUUUCUCUGGCUGCAGAGGACCCCAUACGCAACUUCUCUGCUCGCAACAUUAUACUUGGUUAUUUUGACUAUGCCUUCACGGCAAUCUUUACUGUUGAGAUCCUGUUGAAGAUGACAGCUUUUGGAGCAUUCCUUCAUAAAGGAGCAUUCUGUAGAAACUACUUCAACCUUUUAGACCUGCUGGUUGUUGGUGUGUCUCUUGUCUCCUUCGGCAUUCAAUCCUCUGCUAUAUCAGUUGUGAAGAUUCUUCGUGUUUUGAGAGUUCUCCGUCCACUCAGGGCCAUCAACAGAGCCAAGGGACUCAAGCAUGUAGUGCAGUGUGUAUUUGUAGCCAUCAGGACCAUCGGGAACAUCAUGAUUGUCACCACGCUGCUGCAGUUCAUGUUUGCUUGUAUUGGAGUGCAGCUCUUCAAGGGUAAAUUCUAUCGAUGCUCAGAUGAUGCAAAGUCCAGCCCAGAUGAGUGCAAGGGAACGUACAUUCUGUACAACAAUGGGGACGCAGCACUGCCCAUGGUGAAGGAGAGGAUUUGGCACAACAGCGACUUCAACUUUGACAACGUCCUCAUGGCCAUGAUGGCUCUUUUUACCGUCUCCACCUUUGAGGGAUGGCCAACUCUGUUGUACAAAGCCAUCGACUCUAACAGAGAGAACAUGGGACCCAUCUACAACUACCGCAUCGAGAUCUCCAUCUUCUUCAUCAUCUACAUCAUCAUCAUCGCCUUCUUCAUGAUGAACAUCUUUGUUGGUUUCGUCAUUGUUACCUUUCAGGAGCAGGGAGAAAAGGAGUACAAGAACUGUGAGCUGGACAAGAACCAGCGUCAGUGUGUAGAGUACGCACUAAAAGCCCGCCCUCUGCGUCGCUACAUCCCUAAAAAUCCCUACCAGUACAAGUUCUGGUAUGUGGUCAACUCCACUGGCUUUGAGUACGUCAUGUUUGUCCUGAUCAUCCUCAACACCUUGUGUCUGGCCAUUCAGCAUCAUGGUCAGUCUCAUUUGUUUAACUAUGCCAUGGACAUCCUCAACAUGGUCUUUACGGGAGUUUUUACCGUAGAGAUGAUCCUCAAACUUAUUGCCUUCAAACCCAGAAACUAUUUUGCUGAUGCAUGGAACACGUUUGAUGCCUUAAUUGUUGUGGGUAGCGUGGUUGACAUUGCCAUCACUGAGAUCAAUAACACAGAAGACAGCGCUCGGAUCUCCAUCACCUUCUUCCGCCUGUUCAGGGUGAUGCGGCUGGUCAAACUGCUGAGCAGGGGCGAGGGGAUCCGGACCCUGCUGUGGACCUUCAUCAAAUCCUUCCAGGCUCUUCCUUAUGUUGCCCUUCUGAUAGCCAUGCUGUUCUUCAUCUAUGCUGUAAUCGGGAUGCAGGUGUUUGGGAAAAUAGCAAUGGUGGAUGGAACACAAAUCAACCGUAACAAUAACUUCCAAACCUUUCCCCAGGCGGUGCUGAUGCUCUUCAGGUGUGCCACAGGCGAGGCGUGGCAGGAGAUCAUGCUGGCCUGUCUGCCAGGGAAGCUGUGUGACUCGGAGUCAGACUACAACCCCGGAGAGGAGAGGACCUGUGGCAGCGGCUUCGCCAUCAUCUAUUUCAUCAGUUUCUACAUGCUCUGUGCAUUCUUGAUCAUCAACCUUUUUGUAGCCGUCAUCAUGGACAACUUUGAUUAUCUGACCCGUGACUGGUCCAUUCUUGGGCCGCACCACCUGGAUGAAUUUAAAAGGAUCUGGUCUGAAUAUGAUCCUGAGGCCAAGGGCAGGAUAAAACAUCUGGAUGUUGUAACUCUGCUGAGGAGGAUCCAGCCUCCGCUGGGCUUUGGAAAGCUCUGCCCUCACAGAGUCGCCUGUAAGCGACUGGUGGCCAUGAACAUGCCUCUCAACAGCGAUGGGACAGUAAUGUUUAAUGCCACUUUGUUCGCUUUGGUCCGCACUGCUCUCAAGAUCAAAACUGAGGGUAACUUGGAGCAAGCAAACGAGGAGCUCCGAGCUGUGAUCAAGAAGAUCUGGAAGAGGACCAGCAUGAAGCUGCUGGAUCAAGUGGUUCCUCCUGCAGGCGAUGACGAGGUAACAGUGGGGAAGUUCUAUGCCACCUUCCUGAUACAGGACUACUUCAGAAAGUUCAAGAGGCGCAAAGAGCAAGGCCUCGUGGGAAGGCGGUCGUGGGAGAGGCUGAACAGCACUUUGGCUCUACAGGCCGGCCUGCGCACGCUGCAUGACAUUGGACCAGAAAUUCGUCGAGCUAUAUCAUGUGACCUUCAGGAAGAGGGACUAGUAGAUGGAACAGGAGAUGAUGAGGAGGAAAUCUACAGGCGGAAUGACGGGCUCUUUGGGAACCACGUUAACCAUGUGGAUCAGCAGGGCUCUUCCAACCCCACCACCGUCACGCAGCGCCCACUACAGAUCCUGCCUUUCUACUGCGCGCCAUCACUGGCACCCACCCAGACCGUCACCAGAACCAGCAACAGCAACAAGGAAGGAGGAACAGAGAUGAACUCCUCACCCAUGCAGUAUAAUCAUCACCCCAGCCCUCAUCUGUACGAUUACUCUCACUGUAAUUCCACCUGCCGGCAGUCACCAUUUCCCUCAAAUUCCAACCUCAACAACGCCAACUUGCCCUCGCUUCUCUCGAUGACCUCUGGCAGGCAACAGAAGUGUUUAUUACAGCGCCGUCGGCCUUCCUCCACCAGAAAUGGGUCCUCAACAACUUACAGCAGAGGGCUUCACGACAAGCCGUGGAAGUCGCACUCCACAAGGACGCGCUACUAUGAAGCCUACAUAAGGUCAAAAAAUGGUGGAGGACUUUACCCCACCAUUUGUCGAGAGCAGCCGGGGGGCAGGGACAGUGAGGACAAGCAGGGCUCGGGAGAGUAUUUCAGCGGGGAGGAAUUUCACGAGGAUGACAUCAUGCUCACAAAGGAAAGAUUGUCCAGGAAAAACUUCCAUAAUGACUCAGAGGAAGAUUUCGAGCUCUCCAGGGAUGACUGCCAAUCUGAUGGUUACUAUGACGACGACAAACAGCCUAUCUGCCAAGAUGGCCGACGGUCACCUAGGAGAUCGUUUUUACCUUCACCUCAAGCCUCCCACACACCAACAUUCAGCUUUGAGUGUCUUCGCAGAAGAAGUACAGAUGACGCUUCACUAUCUCCACCGUGCACAGUUCUUCCACUACAACUGAUGCAGCAACAGGUGAUGGCGGUAGCCGGUCUGGAUGCCAGCAGACUUCAACGGCUGUCACCUACGAGGUCGCUGCGCUCGUGGGCCACACCUCCUGCAUCCCCCAUCAGCUGUGACUGCUCACCUUCCUACACACCGCUCAUCCAGGUGGACUGGCGGAGUUCUGGCAGUGUUGGCAGCAUCCCCGGAGCCCUGACGAGGAGUUCAUGGUACACAGAUGGCCCAGAUGGCUGUCUCAGUCGCAGCCAGUCUCCAACAUGCCUGCAGUUACCUGCAGAGAGCAGAGAGCACUUUCAGCAGAAGAGACGCAGUGCCAACAGCCUGGUGGAAGCUGUUCUGAUCUCUGAGGGUUUAGGAAAAUACGCCCAGGACCCAAAGUUUGUGUCGGCAACCAAACAUGAGAUCGCAGACGCCUGCGAGAUGACCAUCGAUGAGAUGGAGAGCGCUGCCAGUAACUUGCUGAACGGCAGUAUGGGUAACGGCAGCACGGGAGGAGCGGGGAACGCCGGCUCAGAGUCCCACGCCGCCACACACCUGAGGGACCACCGUGACUACAGCGACGAGGAGCCGUACGUGGCUGUGACAUGUGAGGAGGACCUAACAGAUGAGAUGAUAUGCUUCACUUCACUAUAACAACGGCUCACGCCAGAUUACUUUUAGUAUUUUUUAUUAAACUUUUACCGAUGUUCCUCAGUGGGGGAAGGUCUCAAAUGGCCUGCAAAGGACCAAAAUAGAU